AGAGUUUGAACCAGCAGCUUUAGCUUUAUUUAAACCUUACAUUUAAUAUUGUGUAUUCAGGUGUAAACUCAGGUUCAGUUAUUGAGUGAAAAUACCAACAGACUCAGACUUUUAGGACAAACUAAGAGUCAGAUCAGCAGAAACAGAGAACACGGACAUGUCUGCUGUAACUGCGUCACUCUGCUCCACUUUGCUGUUUGUCCUGUUUGUCUCUGCAGACGAGAAAAUCAUCACAGCUGAGUCUGGACAGAACGUCACUCUGACAUGUCGAGUUACAAACGACAACAAAAUGAUCAUAACUAUAGAGUGGAGCAGAACUGACCUGGAGCCACAACAUGUCCUUUUGCAACGGAAUGGACAGUUUGUUCUAGAUAGUCAGCAUCCAUCUUUCAAGAACCGGGUGGAUCUGCAGGACAGACAGAUGAAGGAUGGAGACGUGUCUUUGAUUCUGAAGAAUGUGACCAUUAAUGACAAUGGAACAUACGAGUGUCGUGUUCAGAGACAGAGAGAAAGUUUAAGUCUCAUCAGCACUCUUUACCUGAGAGUUGUUCCUCCAGGUCAAUCGGGAGGACACAAAGAAGAUAGAAGGAACAAAGAUGGAGGGAAGGAGGAUGGCUCUGUUGGACUGAUAGUUGGUCUGUCAGUUUCUGCUGUGCUGCUUGUUGCUGUUGUUGGAUUUUUGAUCUACAGAAGACUUAAAAAGAAGCAGAGUCAGGAUUCAUACCGGCCUCCUGAUGAACUGCAGCCUGUUUGAAAUGAACUCUGAGUCUCCAGCUACAGACAGAUGAUCUCAUCAUCCAGCAGACAGACAUCCAAUUUGUCAAAUUUUCAAACUAUUGAAAUAUUUUUAUUUUGCUCAGGAAUGCAAGUAAAUCACUAUAAUUUAGCAUCAUAAUCAAGCAAAAAAUAAUAUGAUUUAGUUUUUUAUAAAAACAAUUCUGCUUUUGUUGUAAAAUGGCACAUUUGAAAUGUCACAGAUAACAAUAAUUAUACUUUAGCAUUAAAAAUAUUCAUUAAUCCACAUGUGCAAAACUCCAAAAGUUACUCUUAUGGUGCUAAACUGGUUCAAAAACAUAUCAGCUGAGAAUCAGUUGUGUAGCAGUCAGUGCUGAGUGUGUCUCUCUACAUCCUGAGGUUUUACAGUGUGUUAACCAAACAGUAUCAAGUACAUGAGUUAAAAAGAUUCCUGUGUUAUGACUAACAUGGCAUUCAUGGUAGCCGCUAUGUUGAGGUUACUUUUUGGUUAUGCCAUAUUUAACAGUAAUCAUGUAUUGGGAGCAAACGUUGUGGACAGUUUAAAUUAAGUUGUCUGUAAAUAUGUGAUUUUGAAAUCAUUUGCACUUUUGAAAUAAUGUUUUAUGUAGCUUCAUUAUUUUUUUUUGGAAAUGUUUUGGUUUAUUCGAUUUGUAUUAUGUUUGUGUAGAUCAGAAUACUUUAUUAAUCCCUGAGGACGCUGAGUGAGAUUAUUGAGUGAAUGGAUUCAUUGCUAACUGCUAGAAAAAUCAUUAGUUAUUCAACACUCUCUGAAAUUAGAGCUAUACAGCGCCUUUUACAGUAAGCUGAAGGAAUAUAUCUCUGUCCCUGUUUCUCUUUCCCAAUAAUAUGUCUUUCUCUCAGGCCUUGUUGUGGUUCCUCUGCCAUCUGCAAUCAGAAUCAGUCAGAUUCUCUCUGUUAAUCCACACUUUUACAGAACGGGCUCUUGAGCCUGUGUGCUGCUUGCUGUCUUCAACAUUAUCAUGACACCUGUUCAGACUGUGUUAGUGUGACUGUGAACUACUGUGUCUUCAGGAUUUUCAUUAAAUUUUUUUAA